ACUGCUUUUGGCCGCCCUUUAAUAUUCCAUAUUUUCCGGUCAUCGAGACCUGUGUAUCUGCUUUCCAUCAAUCCAUGGCUUGUUUUCCGGCUGACGCUACCAGGUACGACGUGUUUCUAAGUUUCAGAGGUGAAGAUACUCGUCAUACUAUAACGGAUCAUUUAUAUGCGGCGUUAGUGAGGGCAGCACUGGUCACUUUUCGGGAUAACGAAGAUAUCGACUGUGGUCAAGAACUGAAGCCAGAGAUCGAUCGGGCGAUCAAAGCAUCAGAGGCUUCAGUCAUUGUGUUUUCAAAAAACUAUGCAACUUCCACAUGGUGCCUCGAUGAGCUUUCAUUGAUCCUCCAGCAAAGGAGCGAGAACAAUCAUUUUGUUUUGCCGGUUUUUUAUCACGUUGACCCAUCAGAUGUUAGGAACCAAACAAAAUCAUUCUCCAUAAAAGCCAAAUCUAAUACAAGGUGGACAAAAGACAACGUGAUGAGGUGGAAGAUAGCUCUUACCAAGGCGGCCAAUUUGAGCGGCUUGGUUCUUUCCGGGUCGGAAACAAACUUUGUAAAGGAUAUCGUGGAUAUCAUUUACGAUAAACUAGCAAGCAAAAAGUUUCAUCUUCCACUAAAUCUAGUAAGGAUGGACACUCGAUAUGAAGAGAUUGAUUCCUGGAUAACGCAAUCAGACGCAAACUUUUUGGUAAUCUGUGGCAUGGGAGGAAGUGGUAAGACGACCUUGGCCUGGUACACUGUUUAUUCAAACCGAGAUAAAUUUGAAAACAUUAGUAUUGUUGAACACAUUGGUAGUAAAUUGAAGGAACCACACCAUGUGCCUGAGCUACAGGAAACACUCCUUGGAGGUGUUUUAGGCGUGGAGAAAAGAAAAGUACCAAGUCUUAGCCAAGGUAUGGUUUUGAUUAAAGAAGCCUUACAAAAGAACAAGGCCCUUAUUGUCCUUGAUGACAUUGUUAAUCAUGCUCAGUUGGUAGAUUUACUUGGAACGGGGAAUAUAAAUAAGGAAAGCAAAAUUAUAGUUACAACUCGAGAAACUAAUAUCAGUGAAUGGGUUGGGUUCAAAAAUAGGUGUAGAAAGUAUGAAAUGAAAUUACUGGAUGACAGUGAAGCGUUAGAGCUUUUUUGUCUUCAUGCCUUCGGAUCCAAAAAUCCUACCAAGGGUUACAAGGAGCUAGCACAACAAGUAGUAUGGUAUUGUGAAGGAAAUCCACUGGCUCUUGAAGUGUUGGGUUCCUCUCUUUCACAUGAUAUAAGCAUCUCAUAUUGGAAAAGUGCACUAGAUAAACUGAAAAAAGAUAUCCAUUUGGGAAUUCAUCGUGUACUCAUAAGGAGCUACGACUCAUUGCCAUAUGAGCGUGAGAAAGAGUUGUUUUUGCAUAUUGCCUGUUUCUUCAAUGGAGAAGAGGUGGAUUAUGUGGUGAAGAUACUUGAAUAUGAUUGUUCAGCAGAAUCGUCUAUAAAAACCUUAACUAAGAGGUGCCUUAUUUCAAUUUCACCAAACCAAACAAUCAUGAUGCAUCCAUUACUUCAAGAAAUGGGGAGAUUCAUAGUUAAUCAAGAAUCACCCAAAGAUCCUGGAGAACAUAGUAGAGUUUGGCGGAGCACAGAAUCUCAUGAUCUGUUGAGUAAAGGCACGGGUUCAAAAAAGGUGGAAGGUCUAGCGCUUGAUAAUCAAGAGUUGAGGCAAAAGAAGAAUGCAUCACAGGGAUCCAAGCUUAAGACAGAUUCACUUAAGGGUAUGUGUAACCUAAAGUUGCUUUACCUCAAAUCUGUGCAAUUCAGUGGACCCUACGAGCAUUUUUCAAAGGAUUUAAUAUGGCUGUGUUGGAUUGGAUUUCAUUUAAGUACCAUACCUUCUGACUUGUUCAUGGGGAACUUGGUCGCUUUAGAUCUGAGUGAUAGCUGUUUGGGAGUAUUUGAACCGCCAAUGGUUCUUCAAUCACUCAAGAUUCUAAGUCUUAAAGACUCACACAUGCUCUUAGAAGUUCGCAACAUCAACAUGAUCCCAAAUCUUGAGACUUUGAAUCUGGGGAACUGUCACAAGUUGUUUUAUGUUUGUGAAACGAUUGGAGGCCUUCAGAGUCUUGCUCUCUUAAACAUGACAGGAUGCGAAAGCCUGUGGAAAGACUCUUUUCCUUUGCCAUGUGCAUUAGAGCGGCUAUAUCUAAGUGACUGCAAACUUGAGUAUACUGAUAAUUUUCAUCUAAAUUUCAGAAACCAAUCAUCUAUGCAAUACUUGAAUUUAGGAAAUAAUCUUUUUGAAUUUUUGCCUAAAUGCAAUCAUCUUGGAAAUCUUCGCGUUCUUGAUUUGGCUAGGUGCUCAAAACUGAAGGAGCUUCUGUGUCUUCCAAUUACACUUGCUGAAUUGAAUAUAAGUUACUGUGUGUCACUGGAGAAAGUAACUUUUGAGUCUCGUAAAUUUACAUUGCGAAAGCUUAUAAGUCAAGGUUGCAUCGGUUUGUCAGAAAUUGAAGGCUUUAUCAAGUUGGUCCCAAUAGCCAGAUUUGAUGGAAGCGAUUUGGGACACAUGAAGUGGCUAAAAGAGUAUCAAAAUCAUGAGAUGCGUCUGGUUGGUGGUGACGAUCUUACCAAAAACAAAAGCCAGUGUGUCAAGGUGUUGUACGAGUUUGGUAUAAUUAGCGCGUCUCUGCCUGACAUAAAGAUUCCAAAGAUAAUGCCUGGGUGUAUAUCUGAAAAAACAUCAACAUCUUUGUCGUUUAAGGUGCCUGAGUGCCAGGAGAAUAGGAGGCUUAAAGGAUUGAAUGUGACUUUCAAAUAUACUAUUGUAGAUGAUGAUUGUGCAUGGUUUGCUAAAAUUAGUACAACCAAGGGUGUUGAUUUGAUGUACAAUCCCACGGUCUCAGGUAGACCAGCAUUUGGUGAGGCUGGUAUAUGGGUAAGCUACUGGCCAAUUGGGAAUAAGUUGCGCGUUAGAGAUAAAAUUAACGUGUCUAUUGUCGUGGUUAAAGGAUUGGAGGUAAGCGAGUGUGGGGCAAGCCUUGUGUAUACUGAUGAUGAAGUUGCCAAUGAAACCUUUGAAGAUAACAUGGGAUGGGUAGAAACUCUUGAUGGGGAUUUGUCUGCAUUUCAACUAAGCAAUGGAGCUUAUUAUCUUUGCCGUCGCGAUUUCUUUGAUAAAAUGGGGGUCGACAAACCCACUCCUCGUUGGUUUAGGAUUUUAGUUGGUCAUAACAUUGAUCAUGCAGUGGUACAAGGAUGGGGAAAGACCGGUCGACCAAAGCAAUCAAAUCCAUCAUCUGGUCCUGAAUCGGAGAGUAAGAUAUCGACGUCCUUUAUUCACCAUAUUCGCGAAACUUCUAUAAAUUCAAUGGAUUCUGGUCCUCCUAAGGAAAAAACUUUCAAAUAUGAUGUCUUUCUAAGCUUUAGAGCUGGAGAAACUAGUAAUAAUUUCGCGGAUCAUCUCAAUUCUGCAUUAGUGCGAUCAGGAAUUCGUACUUAUAUUGAUAAUAAUGGAAUUAACAGUGAUCAAGAUCUUGAACUGAAUUAUGAAACUGGUAGAGCAAUCAAAGAAUCUAGGUCUUCAGUGAUUCUAUUUACAAAGAGCUAUGCAACUUCUGCCUUGUGCCUUGAUCACCUGUCGUUUAUCUUGGAGCAAAGAAGAGAGAACAAUCAUUUUGUUCUACCAAUUUUUUAUGAUGUUGAUCCCUCAGAUGUUAAGGUUGAAGUCAAAACCUCUACAAUGUGGACAAAUGAUAACGUGGACAGGUGGAUGACAGCUUUUAUGGAGAUUUCUAAUUCGGAGAACACGAUUCUUAGUUCUUCAUUCAGGUCUGAAACCGAAUAUGUAAAGCAUGUUAUUGAUACUAUUUAUUGUAGUGUCACCAACGGACUAGUUUAUCCUCCACUCAACCUAAUAGGGAUAGAUGGCCAAGUUAAAGAGAUCAAUUUCUUGUUAGAGAAACCUGAUGCUGAAUUUUUAGCAAUUUGUGGCAUGGGUGGAAGUGGCAAGACAACACUGGCCCGCUACAUAUUCAAUUUGUUUAAGAAUAACUUUGAGAACAGUAGUUUUCUCGAAGAAAUUGGUAAAUGGGGUAAUGAUUUGCUUCAGUUGCAAAAAACACUUCUACAGGACCUCUCAGGGAGUAGGAAGAUAAAAUUACAGAGUGUUGAUGAUUGUAUUCUUGAACUUGAAGAAGUUGUUCAAACAAAAAAGGCGCUUAUUGUUCUGGAUGACAUUGUUCAGGAGGACCAGUUGGUAUCUUUGCUUGGGACCGGAAAUAUUAAUAAGCAAAGCAAGAUUAUAGUAACAUCUAGGGAUGCUAGUAUAAAAACAUGGAUUGGUUUCAGAUCAUGGAGGUUCCAGGAGUACAAAAUGAAAUUACUGAAUGAUGGUGAUGCGUUGGAUCUUUUUAGUCUUCAUGCCUUUGGAUCCCAAACUCCGAUGGAAGGAUACAAAGAGCUUACAAAAGAGGCACUAAAUUAUUGUGAAGGAAAUCCAGCAGCUCUUGAAGUGUUGGGCUCCUCUCUGUCAGGCAGAAGUAUCUCAGAGUGGGAACAUCAUUUGAGAAAUUUGGGAAGAGGGAUGUUUUCUCGAUUCUAUGAUGUACUCGUCACAAGCUACAACUCACUAUGUUUCUCUGAUAAAAAUUUGUUUUUGGACAUUGCUUGCUUCUUUACUGGUGAAGAAAUGGAUUAUGUAGCGAAGAUAUUAGGACAUGAUUACUCUGUAGUAUCUGGUAUCGACACCCUAUUAAACAAACACCUGCUUUCUGUUUCACAAAACAAAAAACUGACGAUGCAUCGAUUGCAUCAAGAGAUGGGGAGAACCAUUGUCAAUCAAGAAUCAAAGUACCCUCCAAAUCGUAGUAGAGUUUGGCGUGAUAAAGAAUCUUAUGAAUUUUUAAGAGAAGGGAAGGGUUCAAAAUUCGUACAAGGUCUAGCACUUGAUAUGAGAAAGUUGUGUCAAGAGGAUGAGCAGGUUGCAUUCCAGUCAACAAAGCUUACGACAGAUGCGCUUAAACAGAUGGAUAACUUAGAACUGCUCCUGCUCAAAUUUGUGCCCCUAACAGGAUCUUACGAUAGUUUUUCAGAAAAUCUAAGAUUGCUAUGCUGGCAUGGAUUUCAUUUAAGAGCCAUACCCUUGGAUUUAUACAUGGGAAACAUGGUGGCUAUAGAUAUGAGUUAUAGCAAGUUGGAAGAAUUUGAUCCACCCAUGAUUCUUCAAUCAUUGCGCAUUCUAAAUCUUAAAGGCUCAAAUAAUCUACUAGAAGUUCGUAACCUCUACCUAAUCCCUAAACUUGAGUCAUUGAUUCUCUCUAACUGUCACAUGUUGGUCCAUGUUUGUGAAACCCUUGGAGACCUUACAAAUAUUACUCUGUUGGACAUGACAAAGUGUGAAAAGUUGUUCAAGGGGAAUAAAAGUGGUGCAUUGUCAAGGCUAGUAGUUUCAACUUUUAACCGAAUAUGUACAAAGGAGAAUUCCUUUUUUUUGCCACAUCCACUAGAACAAUUGUUCCUCAAGGACUGCAAUCUUGGGAAUACUAAUUACUUCCCUCUUAGUUUGAGUAACCAAUCAAUAUUGCAAUACUUAAAUUUAGGCAAUAAUAUGUUUGAAUUCCUUCCUAGUUACAGUCAUCUUAUAAAUCUUCGGGUCCUUGACUUGACUAUGUGCUCAAAACUUAAGAGGCUUCUAUCUCUUCCAAGUACACUUGCAGAAUUGUAUAUAAGUUACUGUGAGUCACUUGAGAAAGUAACUUUCGAAUCAUAUGGGUUCACAUUGCAAGAGUUUGAAUGCCAAGGUUGUAUUAGUUUGUCAGAAAUUGAAGGCAUUAUUAAAUUGGUGCCUGUAGCCAAACUUGAUGAAAAUUGUUUGGGACAUAUGAAGUGGCUAAAAGUAUAUCAAGAUCGUGAGGUGUGCCUCGUUGGCAACAACGAGCUCACCAUUGGCAGAAAUUGUCGUGUCCAGAUGUUGUACGAAUUUGGUAUAAUGAGCACAUCUUUGCCGGACACAAAGGAUCCAAACAUGACACAAUAUAUAUCUGAUUCGUCAUCUUUGUGCUUUGAUGUUCCUCAGUACCCAAAGAAUAGGAGGCUCAAAGGACUAAAUGUCACUUUCAAAUAUACCUUAUCAGGUGAUAAUUCGGUAUGGUUUGCUAAAGUCAGUACGAACAAUGGUGUUGAUUUGAUGUACAACCCAACUGUCUUUGGUAAACCUGGAUCUGGAGAAGUUGGUAUAUGGUUUAGCUAUUGGCCCAUUGGAAACAAAUUCGACACUGGAGAUACAGUUACCGUGUCAAUUGUUGUGAUGAGUGGAUUGGAGGUUAUCGAGUGUGGAGCAAGCCUUGUGUAUACAUACGAUAUACCAAAUGAGACCAUGGAAUCUAACAUGGGAUAUGAAGAAACUCUUGGAGUUGAUUUGUCUGGAUUUCAACUAAGCACAGGAGCUUACUAUCUUUGUCAUCAUGAUUUCUUCAAAUUCACGGAGGUUAACAGAUUGGCUCCGGAUUGGUUUAGGAUAUUAGUUGGGGAUAAAGUUGAUGAAACAGAGUUACAAAGAUGGAAGAUAAGCGGUCGACCUAAGCAGGCAAAAAUACCAAUUACAGAGUGGAGUUGAUCAUCAAUGAAUCCACCACCGCACUAACCAACAAAAAUACCCCAAUAAAAUCGAACUAUUAUUAAAAGCUAUUAGUAGGGUCUGUGAGGAUGAUAUAAAGAUAAACAGAGAUAGGGAGGCUUCUUAUUAUCCGUUCUAAACUAGUUCCAAAUUACAGCAUGUGUUUUUUUUUUCUAUCAUUUUUCCAAAUCUACAGCUGAACAUGUGUUUUUUUUUUCGAUCAUUUUUCAUUUCAAAUUACAAAGGUUCAUGCAA